GGCGCAGCUGGUCCGAGGCGGCCGCGGCUCCAUGGGGCUCCUGGGGCUGCUGAGCCUGCUGCACUCGGCCUUCUUCGGGGAUCAGACGCUGCAGGAGCUGAAGAUGACGAGCUCCGUGGCACCCUACGAGCAGCUGGUGCGGCAGGUGGAGGCCUUGAAGGCCGAGAACAGUCACCUGAGGCAGGAGCUGCGGGACAACUCCAGCCACCUGUCCAAGCUGGAGACGGAGACGUCCGGCAUGAAGGAGGUCCUGAAGCACUUACAGGGCAAGCUGGAGCAGGAGGCCCGAGUGCUCGUGUCCUCGGGCCAGACGGAGGUGUUGGAGCAGCUGAAAGCCCUGCAGAUGGACAUCACCAGCCUGUACAACCUCAAGUUCCAGCCCCCCGCCCUGGGCCCCGAGCCCGCUGCUCGGACCCCUGAGGGAAGCCCAGUACAUGGCUCCGGGCCCUCCAAGGACAGCUUUGGGGAGCUGAGCCGGGCCACCAUCCGGCUGUUGGAGGAACUGGACCGGGAACGGUGCUUCCUGUUGAAUGAGAUUGAGAAGGAGGAGAAGGAGAAGCUAUGGUACUACUCGCAGCUGCAGGGCCUGUCCAAGCGCCUGGACGAGCUGCCGCACGUGGAGACGCAGUUCUCGAUGCAAAUGGACCUGAUCCGGCAGCAGCUGGAGUUCGAGGCCCAGCACAUCCGCUCGCUGAUGGAGGAGCGCUUCGGCACCUCGGACGAGAUGGUGCAGCGGGCGCAGAUCCGGGCUUCGCGCCUGGAGCAGAUCGACAAGGAGCUGCUGUCCGCGCAGGAUCGGGUGCAGCAGACGGAGCCCCAGGCCCUGCUUGCAGUGAAGUCGAUGCCAGUGGACGAGGACCACGAGACUGAAGUUCCCACGCACCCCGAGGACGGUGCCCCUCAGCCGGGCAACAGCAAGGUGGAGGUGGUCUUCUGGCUGCUGUCCAUGCUGGCGACGCGCGACCAGGAGGACACGGCGCGCACGCUGCUCGCCAUGUCCAGCUCUCCGGAGAGCUGCGUGGCCAUGCGCCGCUCGGGCUGCCUGCCGCUGCUGCUACAGAUCCUGCACGGCACUGAGGCCGGCGCUGGGGGUCGCAGCGGGAACCCCGGGGCGCCGGGAGCCAAGGACGCGCGCAUGCGCGCCAACGCGGCACUACACAACAUCGUCUUCUCGCAGCCCGACCAGGGCCUGGCGCGCAAGGAGAUGCGCGUCCUGCACGUCCUGGAGCAGAUCCGCGCCUACUGCGAGACCUGCUGGGACUGGCUGCAGGCCCGGGAUGGCGGGAGCGAGGGCGGCGGCGCCGGCGGCACCCCCGUCCCCAUCGAGCCGCAGAUCUGCCAGGCCACCUGUGCCGUGAUGAAGCUGUCCUUCGACGAGGAGUACCGCCGGGCCAUGAACGAGCUGGGCGGGCUGCAGGCAGUGGCGGAGUUACUGCAGGUCGAUUACGAGAUGCACAAGAUGACCCGGGACCCACUCAACCUCGCCCUGCGCCGAUACGCCGGCAUGACCCUCACCAACCUCACCUUUGGGGACGUCGCCAACAAGGCCACCCUGUGUGCCCGCCGGGGCUGCAUGGAGGCCAUCGUGGCCCAGCUGGCCUCUGAGAGCGAGGAGCUCCACCAGGUAGUGUCCAGCAUCCUGCGAAACCUGUCCUGGCGCGCUGACAUCAGCAGCAAGAAGGUGCUCAGAGAGGUCGGCAGCAUGACCGCUCUGAUGCGGUGCGUCCUGCGGGCCACCAAGGAGUCCACGCUGAAGAGCGUGCUCAGCGCGCUGUGGAACCUGUCGGCGCACAGCACAGAGAACAAGGCGGCCAUCUGCCAGGUGGAGGGCGCGCUGGGCUUCCUGGUGAGCACGCUGACCUACAAGUGCCAGAGCAACUCGCUGGCCAUCAUCGAGAGCGGCGGCGGCAUCCUGCGCAACGUGUCCAGCCUCAUCGCCACCCGCGAGGACUACAGGCAGGUGCUGCGGGACCACAACUGCCUGCAGACGCUGCUGCAGCACCUCACCUCGCACAGCCUGACCAUUGUGAGCAAUGCGUGCGGCACGCUCUGGAACCUGUCGGCCCGCAGCGCGCGCGACCAGGAGCUGCUGUGGGACCUGGGCGCCGUGGGCAUGCUGCGUAACCUGGUGCACUCCCGGCACAAGAUGAUCGCCAUGGGCAGCGCCGCCGCCCUGCGCAACCUGCUGGCCCACCGGCCCGCCAAGUACCAGGCGGCGGCCACCGCCGUGUCCCCGGGCGCCUGCGCGCCCAGCCUGGCCGUGCGCAAGCAACGGGCGCUGGAGGCCGAGCUGGACGCGCGGCACCUGGCCCAGGCGCUCGACCACCUGGAGAAGCGCGGCCUGCCCGAGGCUGAGGCCGCCAAGAAGCCGCUGCCGCCCCUGCGCCACCUGGACGGGCUGGCCCAGGACUACGCUUCUGACUCGGGCUGCUUCGAUGACGACGAUGCGCCCUCGCUGGCCGCCGUGGCCGCCACUGCCGAGCCAGCCAGCCCCGCCGUGCUGUCCCUCUUCCUGGGCAGCCCCUUCCUGCAGGGCCAGGCGCUGGCCCGCGCCCCGCCCGCCCGCCGCGGUGCCCCCGAGGCCGAGAAGGAGGCGGGUGGCGAGGCGGCCGUGGCGGCCAGGGCCAAGGCCAAGCUGGCGCUGGCAGUGGCGCGCAUCGACCGGCUGGUGGAGGACAUCUCGGCCCUGCACACCUCGUCCGACGACAGCUUCAGCCUCAGCUCCGGGGACCCCGGGCAAGAGGCGCCGAGGGAGGGCCGAGCCCAGUCCUGCUCGCCGUGCCGGGGGCCCGAGGCCGGGCGGCGGGAGGCGGGCAGGCGGGCUCACCCGCUGCUGCGGCUCAAGGCGGCCCACGCCAGCCUCUCCAAUGACAGCCUCAACAGCGGCAGCACUGGCGACGGGCACUGUCCCCGCGAGCGCGCCCGGCCCUGCCAGCUGGCCGCGCUGGCUGAGCACCGCGAGGGGCCCCUGGGCGGCCAUGCGCGGCCCAGCCGGCUUGACCUAAACCUGCUGGGGGGCCAGGCUGAGCCGGCAGCCCGGGACGCCGCGGCCACCGAUGCCCGCGUGCGCACCAUCAAGCUGUCGCCCACCUACCAGCACGUGCCACUGCUGGAGGGCACGGCCAGGGCAGGCUCGGGGCCCCCGGCGCCCGGGGCUCGGAAGCAGGCCUGGCUGCCCGAGGAGGCCCUGAGCAAGGUGCCGCAGAAGCUGGUAGCGGAGGCUGCGCCGCCCUGCCUGUCCCGCUGCAGCUCCCUGUCAUCGCUGUCCUCCGCCGGCCGCCCGGGCCCCAGUGAGGCCGGGGACCUGGACGACAGUGACUCUUCCCUGGAGGGGCUGGAGGAGGCGGGCCCCAGCGAGGCGGGGCUGGACGUGGCCUGGCGGGGGCCGGGGGCCGCCUCCCUGCCCAUGGCCAUUCCAGCCCCCCGGCGCGGCCGGGGCCUGGGGGUGGAGGACGCCACGCCGUCCAGCUCCUCGGAGAACUGCGUGCAGGAGACGCCGCUGGUGCUGAGCCGCUGCAGCUCGGUGAGCUCGCUGGGCAGCUUCGAGAGCCCGUCCAUCGCCAGCUCCAUCCCCAGCGACCCGUGCAGCGGGCUGGGCAGCGGCACGGUCAGCCCCAGCGAGCUGCCCGACAGCCCCGGGCAGACCAUGCCGCCGAGCCGCAGCAAGACGCCGCCGCCGGCCGCCGCGCCGCCGGGCGAGCGCGAGACCACGCCGUUCAGCCUGCAGUGGGAGAGCUACGUGAAGCGCUUCCUGGACAUCGCCGACUGCCGCGAGCGCUGCCGCCUGCCCUCUGAGCUGGAUGCGGGCAGCGUGCGCUUCACUGUGGAGAAGCCCGACGAGAACUUCUCCUGCGCCUCCAGCCUCAGCGCGCUCGCCCUGCACGAGCACUAUGUGCAGAAGGACGUGGAACUGCGGCUGCUGCCCCCCGCCUGCCCCGAGCGAGGCGGCGGCGGGGGUCCCGGCCUGCACUUCGCCGGGCACCGUCGGCGGGAUGACGCCAGCGGCCGCCGUGAGGGGCCGACGGCCACCGAGCAGGAGCUGGAGCUGCUUCGGGAGUGCCUGGGCGCGGCCGUGCCCGCCCGGCUCCGAAAGGUGGCCUCGGCGCGGGUGCCCGGCCGCCGCGCGCUGCCCGUGCCCGUCUACAUGCUGGUGCCCGCCCCGGCCCGCGAGGACGACUCGUGCACUGAGUCGGCUGAGGGCACGCCAGCCCACUUCUCCAGCAUGGCCUCGCUCAGCGAUGAGACGCUGCAGGGACCCCCCAAGGACCCGCCCGGCGGGCGCUCGGACGGGCAGAAGCCCGCAGGCCGAGUGGCUCCUGCCAGGCAGGCGGCCGGGCACCGGCAGAGGGCGGGGGGUCCAGGCCGGAGCUCAGACCAGGCCCUGGGGUCGGGCAGGAGCCGGGUGGGACUUGAGCUGCCCCUCCGCAGGCCCCCGAGUGCCCACGCAGACAGGGACGGCUCCCACCUGGGCCGGGCGCGUGCGGAUGGGGCGCUGCAGUCGCUCUGCCUCACGACGCCCACUGAGGAGGCCGUGUACUGCUUCUACGGCAACGACUCGGACGAGGAGCCGGCCACGAAGGUGCCACCCCCCCGGCGGGCGUCCGCUAUACCCCGGGCAGUGAAGAGGGAGCAUCUGGCCGGCAGGAAGGAGACGCAGGCCGCACCCAAGCCAGUGCCCAAGCCAGUGCCCAAGGCUGUGCCCAAGAUCGUGCCGCCCGCCCGGGCCCAGCCCAGCCUCAUCGCCGAUGAGACGCCGCCAUGCUACUCCCUGAGCUCCUCUGCGAGCUCCCUCAGCGAGCCCGAGCCCUUGGAGCCGGUGGCCGGCCCGCCCCGAGCCCAAGAGCCAGCCGUCACCAAGGACCCCGGGCCGGGCAGCGGGCUCACCGGCUCCCCCAGCCCGAGGGCCGAGGCGGAGCUGCUCCGGCGCUGCAUCGGCUCGGCCAUGCCCCGGCGCCGGCCCCAGGCACCGGCCCUGCGGCGUCGCAAGCCCCGAGCUGCCCGGCCAGACGAGCGGCCAACAGAGGGGCCCCGGGAGCGCGGCGAGGAGGCGGCGGGCUCGGACCACGCCUCGGACCUGGACAGCGUCGAGUGGCGCGCCAUCCAGGAGGGCGCCAACUCCAUCGUCACGUGGCUGCACCAGGCGGCGGUGGCCACCGGCGAGGCCUCGUCUGAGUCUGACUCCAUCUUGUCCUUCGUGUCCGGGCUCUCGGUGGGCUCCACCCUGCAGGCCUCCCCGCACAGGAAGGGGCCCCAGCCGCGGGCCGAGGGCCAGGCGGGCAGUGCCGCACGGCCGGAGAAACGGGAUGCAGCCCUGGCCCAGCGCAGCAGCGGGCCCCGCUUGCCCUGCGGCCCCGAGAAGCCGCGUGGCGCUCCGAAGACCACGUCCGGGGUGCCGGCCGUGCUCCGGGGGCGGACGGUGAUCUACGUGCCCAGCCCAGCCCCCCGGCCCCAGCCCAAAGGCGCCCCUGGCCCCCGCGCCGUGCCCAGGAAGAUGGGACCGCCCAGCCCCGCGCAGCCAGCAGCCCCCGCCACAGCCCCCGGGCUUGGGCAGCCGCGGUCGCGGAGCCUGCACCGGCCCGGCAAGAUCUCGGAACUGACGGCGCUGAGCCCCCCGCAGCGGAGCGCCACGCCACCCGCCCGCCUCGCCAAGACCCCCUCGUCCAGCUCCUCGCAGACCUCCCCUGCUUCCCAGCCCCUGCCCAGGAGGUCGCCCCCGGCCGCCCAGCCUGCGGGGCCCCUGCCCGGCCCCGGGACAUCGCCGGUGCCCAAGACGCCCGCGCGGGCACUGCUGGCCAAGCAGCACAAGACGCAGAAGUCGCCCGUGCGGAUCCCCUUCAUGCAGAGGCCUGCCCGGCGGGGGCCGCCACCCCUGGCCAGGGCAGCCCCAGAGCCCAGGGCCCGGGCGGGGAACCAGGGGGCCCCGGCGCCGGCCGCCCAGCCCGAGACGGUCAAGCGCUACGCCUCCCUGCCCCACAUCAGCGUGGCCCGCAGGCCCGACGGCGCGGCCCCCGCGCCCGUGGCCGACACGGCCCGCCGCAGCAGCGACGGUGAGGCUCGUCCACUGCCCAGGGUGGCCGCGCCAGGCACCACGUGGCGGCGCAUCCGGGAUGAGGAUGUCCCGCACAUCCUGCGCAGCACGCUGCCCGCCUCCGCCCUGCCGCUGAGGGGCGCCUCGCCCGAGGAGGGCCCGGGUGGCCCUCCGCAGCGCAAGACCAGUGAUGCCGUGGUCCAGACCGAGGACUUCAUGGCCCCCAAGACCAACUCCAGCACGUCCCCGAGCCUGGAGAGCCGGGAGACCCCCCAGGCCCCCGCUGGUGGCCCUGCCUCCUUGCUCGGCAGCGACGUGGACGGGCCCGCCCUCGCCAAGGCGCCCACCUCUGCCACCUUCUCCCACGAGGGCCUGGGUGUGGCUGCGGGGGUCUUCCCCGCCAGUCGGCACGGCUCCCCCAGCCGCUCGGCCCGCGUGCCCCCCUUCAACUACGUGCCCAGCCCCAUGGUGGUGGCCACCCCUGACUCGGCUGUGGAGAAGGCCCCCGCUGUUGCCUCCCCCAGCAUCCUGGAAUAGCGGCCCGGGCGGGCCUUCUGGAACAUCCUGUCCGGCCCUGCAGCCGUGCGGCUGUCCCGAGGGUGGUCCCAGGGUCCGCCCACCCACCGAGCCCCGGCCCUCGG